AUGAUCAUUACAUCUCCUAUUGCUUUUCCUCUCAGCAAAGUUCUCGAUUGUAUUCUCGGCGAAGAAGUCGGCGCUACUUAUACACGCGAUCAAAUGAGCGUAUUAUUGAAACACACACAAACGACUGAUAUUGAAGAACGUGAGAAAAACAUCAUGACCGGUGUGUUGGGUUUAAAGACGAAGAAAAUUAGUGAUAUAAUGACCCACUUAAUCGAUGUCUUCAUGCUCGAAGCCGAUCGAGUUGUUGAUGAUGAACUCGUUCUGACUGUGCACGGCUAUGGAUAUUCGCGUAUACCGGUUUAUGAAAAACAGCGUGAUAAUAUUAUUGGGCUGGUGAAUAUUCGUGAUUUUGCUCUACUUGAUACAGAAUCGGGAAAAUUUACUGUGAGAAGUGUGAUGAAUUUUUACAAGCAUCGUUAUGGAAAAGUGAUUAUGUCCGAUGAUUCGUGUUAUGACGUUUUUAAUCAACUUAAGAAAGAACAAUAUCAUUUGGGUAUUGUGGCUGAGCAUGACAGUAGUAGUAAGAAAGAUCCAAAGCCAAGAGCAAUAGGUAUCGUUACAUUGGAAGAUAUCAUCGAAGAAAUGAUUCAAGAAGAAAUCAUCGAUGAAACUGAUGUAUUUACUGACAAUCGUGGUAAAGUGCGAAAUAUAUUAUCGCAAGCACCCGACUUUUCGGCAUUCAUCGGUCAAUCGGAAACAUCUGAUGACACGACGAAAAUAUCAGCUCAAUUGAAAGUUGCCAUUUUACAAUUUCUUUCAACAACUGUCGAACCGUUUACCUCACGGUUCAUCUCGUCUCAUAUCCUCGUUCGUUUAUUAAAUGUCCAGUUCUACCAGGAAUUUGAAUACGAUAAAGACAGAGCUGAAGAUGGCAAAGAAACCUACAUUUACGAGUAUGGGAAAUCGGCCGAUUAUUUCGUGCUCAUUCUUAAUGGACAAGCAGAAUUGAUAACCGGUCAAGAGAAAAUUGUGAGCGAAGUCGGCCCAUUCUCUUACUUCGGUGUGAGCGCACUUUGUAGUUCCGAUAGCAAAGUAGAAGAUAUUGUACGUUCGAAAGAUCUCAAAUUUCGGCCAUUUGUACCGGAUUUCAGCUUGCGAGUUUCCGAGGAUGUGCAAAUUUUACGCAUUCGUCGAAUAAAUUGGUUAGCAGCUGUUCGUGCCACUUUCUUUGAAAAUCAACAAAAAUCAAACGGUGGCCCACCAAUGCUCAAACCUGAUGGCGAACAGAUUGAUUUUUUGACACAAGAAUUGGAAAAAGCCAAUGGUGUCGAUCAACCAGAGACACAUACCACAACUUCAAGUGAAACAAACGAUGAAAUACGUAGUCGAGCAAUGACUAUGAUGCCAAUAAUGGAUUCGGGACAUGUCAGAACGGGGCACGAACGUUUUUUUAGUCGACGGCGUUCAAAAUCUAUUUCACAUAAUCUGUAUAACACCUCGUCGAAAAGUUCGACGACUUCGAUUCGAGAUACGCCAAGUUUAACCGACAAACAACGCCAUUAUUUAUCUCGUACUGAUCAGACUUAA